CGAAUAAAUUAAUUACUAUAGAAUUACUUUACUGUCAUUGCAAAGAAGAUUAAGUCCACGUAAUUUUGGUUAGUGGUAGCAUGAGAUGAGCUACUGUAUUGCCGUUCUUGUGAAUUACUUGAGGUCGUCCUAGGUUUAUGUGUAUCGUGUGAAAGGACAUUUAAAUAUCUUCCUGCUCGGUUCUUACAUUUAAGUAUAACUAUAAAAAUAUACCUACAUGCCAGAAAUAUCGGUAGGUAUAUAUUACAACAUUGCCAUUGAAACAGUGCCAAAUAAAGUAGCGAAACUUAGGAACAAGGAUAACCUUGUUGUUAUAAGACGGUGAGUAAUUUAAGAAGCAAUAUGAGGGGCCGUAUAAGAACUUCGCGCUUUUUGCUAAUGGCGUCUGCCUUAAUACUGUCAUUAAUUUCCGCCUGUUUUUGCGAACUUGCUUCGACGGCUCACGAUGACAUUCAAACUGCUUCAAGUUCUCAAGCACCGCUUUCAGCGGUUUUUAUCCAGACAAAAACAAGUACAAAACCAUUAGACACUACUGUAGUACCGACAACUACUACAUUAACAACAAAAGAAAGCAAAAUAACAAAAGCGUAUCCUGCAACUGAGCGCCCGACUACCGCUCGCCAUUCAACUGCUAAAGUAUACGCGAGCACAAAAGCCGUAGUGAAAAGUGCAAGAAGGCAAAAGUUAAAAACUAACUCUAGUGCACUUAAAAGUACGGCACAUUCACCAGCGCGACUUCAAGAGCGAGUGGGGGCUAUAGAUUGCGAUCUGCCAGUGCUGCCAGGAAAGUCUCGCCUGUGGCGAGGCAACGAGACUCACGAACUCAAUUUCCCUGUCACGAUGACUGAGGAGUGCACCGGCGCCUCCAGUGGCAGUAACGGCGUUGGUGGAAUUGCAUCAGACGAGGAGUGCCCCAUGGUUAUCGUAUCGUGGGAGGGUUCCACUGAUAUACAGAGCGGAGAUAUACUUAUUGUUCGCAUUUCGGACUCUUUACUUCUCGAUACCAACUACCAAGUUAAUUCGAGAAAUAACACCCUUGACAAUAAUUCAAGUCGGAGCGAGGACGAGACUAAUCAUCGUACGCCUGUGCAACCAUCUGUGUAUCAGGUGACACGACAAGGGCACGAACACUGUGAUGUAUCCGAAGGCAUGCUCCUAGACAUCACACCGCUCGAUGAGCGUGGUGCCAAACUAUUCACUUUAUAUGAUAAGGAUUUGACUGAAGGCGUUAAUUUACUGAUAGUUGUGUCUGAGAAUUGGGGUUCAAAGUGUGUUCGUCUAAAAGUAACUGUAAAGUCCGACAACUGUGGUGAAUUUCAAGAUUGUUCUGGAAAAGGCGUAUGUUACACCAACGUUUCAAUGGAAGGGUACGAAUGCCAGUGUUGUCCGGGCUACAUGGGCCCGCACUGCGAGGAAAGGGAUGCCUGCAAUCCAUCACCCUGCUUGAAUAAUGGUAUAUGUGUCGACCUUGCGCAGCCUCUCAGUGGUGCCAACUACCGUUGCCUUUGUCCAUAUGGUUUUAUCGGUAGAAAGUGCGAGAAGGAUCCCUGUUAUUCCACUCCGUGCUUAAAUGGUGGUUCAUGUAUGAGUAUGGCCAUGAAUGGAACAACAACUUUCCAUUGUGCGUGCGCCGAUGGAUGGACAGGUGCGCACUGCGAACUAUCCAUCGCCGGCGGUGCUUGCGCAUCUAAUCCUUGCGUUAAGGGAAUCUGUAUCGAACAGAUUGACAAUGACGUAGAUGGACCGGCGUAUAAAUGCUUUUGUCAACCUGGAUAUACAGGAGAUCAGUGCGAGCUGGAAUACAACGAGUGUGUGUCGUCGCCGUGUGCCAACGGUGGCACGUGCACCGACCGCGUCGGUGGGUUCGCUUGCUCCUGCAGCCGCGGGUACACCGGCAACACCUGUCAACUUAAGGUGGAUUUAUGUUCACCGAAUCCUUGUCCGGAGCACCAUUAUUGUCUCGAUCGGGGGAACAACUACGCUUGCGAGUGUCCGCAUGGUUUCGUCGGCGAGGAGUGUCAUAUUCCCACAAGAUCUGCUUGCGACAACAAUCCAUGCGCUCACGGAGGCACGUGCUGGAACGGUAUUGACUCUUUCUACUGCUCCUGUCGUCCCGGAUAUACGGGGAAGCUUUGCGAGGAGGAUUUCAUUUUAGAGUCUGUGGUGGGUAGCGAAGGCGGCAUUAGCGCGGAGCCCCGAGGUGGCGGUUCAGUGCGUGAGGUGCGGCUGCCACUCGGCCUCUACCACGACAGGCUUCACAAUGUAUACAUCGCAGCAGGCACGCUCGGCGCUGCUAUAGCCAUCGUUGGAAUUGUUGUAACAGCGUGCCACUGUCGUGUAAAUAAGACGUACUCGCGGCUGCUUUCAAGAUUGUCUCGAGUUACUGAAUCCGGGCCACCGCAUCAUUGGUUACAGGACAAACGUGCUCCGCCAUCAUCAGCCCCCUUCCCACCGCCUUCUUCAACCCUGGACACCACGGACAUGUACUACACACUCGAUUUCAGUGACAGUCAAAGCUCUCCACUCAUUCAAUAGCAAUCACUGCAGAACUGCUCCGAAGGGGAACGGUUCAAAAUACAGAUUUAAAUUUGCAUACAGGGAGAUAUUGGAGAUGAUAUACACCAAAAUAUUAAAAUUAAGGGACGUUUUUAAACAUAAAUGUUAUAUUAUGCAGUACUCCAAUUCCAAUGUUAGUAGGUAGGUACCCAAUUGAUGUGGUUUAUGCAAAACUUCAAAUCCAAAUUAGCUGCUAAUAAUAACAAUAAAUCUAUAUUCAGAUGUUGCCGCAACAAAGAUUUUGUUCAUAAAAUAGAUAUGAUCAUUCCUGUUAGCAAAAACUUAGAACUAAGGAAACGGAGUAUAGAUGUUGUAGCGUAAACAUUUGCCAAUCAGCUUAUGGCUAAAAUUACGUACAAAUAAAUACGUAUAUAUUUUACUGUAUUCGUAUUUUAUUUUUAAAUGUGACGUUCUAUUAAGUAUUAGCAAUUUUGGGACGUAUUAUGAGAUGUUGUUUACAACUAAAUAAUGUAUUUCUUAUCAUAAUUUUUAUUAUUACCUACUUGUUAUAGUUAUAUGUGUUUGUGUGUUAUUUUUCUAGUGAAUUGUAUUACGACAUUUUUUUUAUUUUGUGAUAUAUUUACCUAAGCAGGCACAUAUUUAUAUUCGUGAUUUAACUGUUUUAUUUAAUUUAAAAAUUGCUAAAAAAUAUGCAAUAGAUUGGUGAAAGCGGAUAUUAUUUCUUAUAGGUAAACGUAAAAUAUUUUUAGUUACUUCAUUCGUACAACAAACAAAUGAUUCAAUUGUCUUGUAUUUUAUUUAUUUUUCACCUAAUUGAAACCCUACUGAUGAUUAAAAUCAAUGUAAUAAUCAAAUCUCUUAUUCAAUAAAACGCCAAGAGCCUAAUUCACCUACUUCAACGAUGUCAGUUAUAUAUGUUUAUGGUAUAAUGCAAACUGUUUUGUUGAUUUGAAAGAAAAUGACAUUUCAAUACACUUCAAUAGUUAAAAUAGAUUAUUACGUUUCAGUUUUUAUGAAAUAUGCGGUAUUUAUGAU